ACGUGACGUCAUUAGUCCGAGGUUUUGGAGUAACUGGAUAUCUUGAACGAAAAAUUACAUUUUCAAACUCUUAAGUACGACUACCGUCGGAGGAGGAUGUUCAUCUUCCAAAAGUCACAUUUUUUUAUUCCAAUUGUUCACUCGUAUGACGUGAACAACACGAGCGAUCAGGAAGACGUGUAGUACGCUAGUUAGCCGGUAGGGUGUGCUGUUUGCCCAACAAGCUGGUCGGUACAAUGGCUGUCGGUCAUUGUGACGGGAUUGCGCGCGAGUGGUUAGCCGCCACUGAGCUAAAUGGCUAACGGAGCUGCAAGCCGGCGUGGCGAGUGACAGGCCUGCGAGCCGCCGGAUGAGCCGAGUCCGAAAAGGUGACCCACUUGGAGCCCCCCCAUGGCGGUCUAUGACGAGAACAUUGCCAAGAACCCGUUCUUUGUGGCUCUGGAGAAGCUCAGGCCGGACCUCUGCGAGCGCGUGGCUCGGCUGCACGGCAUCGUUCUGGUUCCGUGCUGUGGAAGUCUCGAGGGCAGCAUGGUGUCGCAGCUUCACUUUGACAGCUACGUGGUCCAGCCCGUGGAGGACGGAUACCAGACGGCGGACGGAAAGGAGGUCCGGAUCCUGGACAGGCAGGUCCUGUUGGGGUCCGGCCUGCUGCCGCCGGUGUCGGUCCCCAUCCUCUUUGAAGAAACUUUCUACAACGCCAGGGAGGAGAGCUACAGCAUCUUGUGCAUCUCCAGGCCGCUGGACGCGGCGGAGCCGGCGGAGCCUCCGAGGACGGCGGGGGCGGGGCUCCACCUCAGGAGCCUGGAAGAGGUCAAGCAGUUCCUGGGCCGCCACAGCCACAAGUUGGACAAACUCAUCGGAAACUUCUGCCACGCCUUCAAGGAGCACGACAGGAAGGGGCUCAGGCACCACAUAGACUCGGUUCAUGGCCUUUACACGCGGUGUCUUCAGUGUGUGCUGCGAGACGCUUGCCUGAAGGUGCUGGCCAAGCGGGAGCUCCAAAUGAGUCUUCUGAAACAAGCGGUGGAGGUGUACGUCCAUCACGGCAUCCACUCGCUGAUUUUCAACCUGGUGGGGACGCUGGAAGCCAGCCAGGACGCCGCCUUCAACAAGAUCACCAGGAGCCUUCACGAGCUGCAGCACAAAGACGUCGGCGUCAAAGCGCACCUCAGCGUCAACUUGUCUGCCGCCAAACGGGAGCUGAGUCAACUCAACCAGCAGACGUCGCCGCUCCUCAAGCUGCUCUGCCUGCGCAAAGUGGCCUUGACCGCCACCCGCACGCCGUCCCGCGCAGUUAGCAUGGAAGCGGUGUCCGCCGACGACCUGCUGUCCGUCAUCCUCUACCUGCUGGUCAAGAUGGAAAUUCCCAACUGGAUGGCCAACCUGAGCUACAUGAGGAACUUCUGCUUCAGUCAGUCCAGCAAAGACGAGCUGAGUUACUGUCUGAGCACCUUCGAGGCGGCCGUCGAGUACAUCAAGCUGGGAAAGCUGCAGCACGUGCUCGCGGGUUGCGUCGAUACGAACGGCGUGGCGCGAAUGAACGUGGAGCUGGCGAGCGCCUCCACGCCCAUCAGCCGAUUGUUCGAGCACGUCGCCAACGGCAACGAGGCGGAGGUGGAGCGUCUGCUGAGCCAAGGCGAGAGCAAAGAGGACGCGCGGCCGUGUCAUCCUCUGUGCGCCUGUGACCUCUGUGACCUUCAACUGUCCGGGAAGCUGAACGACCCGUCCGUCGUCACGGCGUCCUCCAGAGACGAGCGAGGGUACACGCCCCUGCACGUCGCCGCCAUCUGUGGUCAGGCGCAGCUGAUUGACCUUCUGGUGUCCAAAGGAGCGCCGGUCAACGCCACCGAUUACCACACGCUCACACCGCUGCACCUCGCCUGUCAAAAGGGAUACCAGGGAGUCACGCUGCUGCUGUUGCACUACGAGGCGGACGCGGACGGUCAGGACAACAACGGCAACACGCCGCUGCACCUGGCGUGCAUGUACGGGCACGAGGACUGCGUGAAGGCGCUGGUCUACUACGACGUCAAAAGGUGCUGCCUGGACCUGGCCAACGACAAAGGCGACACGCCGCUGCACUUGGCGUCGCGCUGGGGUUACGAGGCCAUCAUCCGCGUUCUGCUGGAGAACGGCGCCGGCGUGCGGGCGCUCAACAACGCCGCGCAGACGCCCGUCCACUGUGCGCUCAACUCAAAGGUGUUGACGUUGCUGCAGGAGGCCCAAGAGCAGCGCUGCAGGAAUGGCGGCGGCGGCGGCGGCUCUCAGUCCACGGCGCGGGUUUGCCCUCAGGCGUCCGAGCGCGGCGCUCGGCGUUCGUCCACGUCCAGCGGCACCUCGUCCUCGCCGGACCGGGAGCUCCCGCCCGAGAGCGCGCCGGCGCGACAUCGCCAGGUGGAGAAGCUGCUGCGGGCCGUGGCGGACGGAGAUAUUCAAAUGGUGCGCUACCUGUUGGAAUGGACGGACGAGGACGAGGCGGACGCGUCGGCCGAGGCGUCUCUGUGUCAUCCUCUGUGUCAAUGUACGACGUGCGCGCCGGCCCACAAAGCGCGCGCGGUUCCGUGCGGCGCGUUGAGCGCCAAGAGCGCCAACGCCGACGGUGUGACUCCCCUCCACGUGGCCUGCACGUACGGCCGCGCCGAGCUGACGUCGCUUCUCGUCCGCCACGGCGCCGACGUGGACGCGCGCACCGACCGCAAGGCCACGCCCCUUCACCUAGCUAGCCAGAACAACCACCCGCAGGUGGUGAAGUUCUUGCUGGAGUGCAACGCCAAGCUCAACAAGAAGGAUCGCUACGGCAACACGGCCUUGAUACACGCCUGUCUCCACGGCAACCUGGACACCGCCGCCACACUGGUACAGAGCGAGGCGCUGGUGAACGUGCGCAACCGGCAGGGCAACACGGCGCUGCACUGCGCCGUGCGGGCCGGUCACCAGGGGCUGGUGGAUAUCCUGCUGAAGGCCGGAGCCUCCCCGCACCUGCGGAACAAGAAGCACCGGACGCCUCUGGACGCCGCGUACCAGCAAGGCGGAAAGAACACGGAGAUUGUGCGAUCGCUCCAGAAGGCGUCGGGACUUUCGCCGGAUGAGGAGCCCAUUAAACUGCUCUCCGUGCCCAAAGGCGCUCUGGCUCACUCCUUCGUUCAGCGCCUGAGACACAACGAUGCCGCUUGCCCCAAGUCGGCUGCCGGCAGGAUUCAGCGGACCAAGAAAACUUCCCGCAGUCCGACUCGGCGCUCGGCUGCACCCGAGCAGGCGAGUCCCGAUGCGAGGCGGCAGCGGCUGCGGCGCGGCGGCACAGUGGACGCCGUCGGCCCGACCGCCAGCUCCGACUGCGGUCCCUGCUCGAGGGGGCGGGGCCUGGCGCGCUGCCACACGCUGGACUCGGGAGAGGAGGCGCCGCGGACGAGACGUCGCCACGACGACGACGACGCGCCGCCCGCCUUUGUGAUGACAUCGAACGCCGCCGUGACGGAACGGUCAGACGACGGCGCCUGUGAUGUCAUAUUAAUUGCCAGGGACACGCCCCGCCUCCAAGACGCACCCGUUUCGAGUGACGCGUCUGCCAUCAAAGACGCACCCCCUACUCGGGACACGCCCAAUUCAAGUGAUAAAUCCCGCCUCCAGGACACGCCCAUUUCUAGUGACGGGCCUGACAUCAAAGACACACCCCAUGUUCAUGACGAGUCCCUUUCCAGUGAAAACCUGGACUGCGGCGAGGCGCCCCGCAUCCGAGAUACGGCCAUUUCCAGUGUCACGUCCGACCUCAAAGACGCGUCCCUCAUCAAAAAAACACCCCCCACUGGGGACACGCCCAACUCCGGUGACAUCCACCAAGACGCUCCCAUUCGCGGUGACGCGUCCGACGUGAAAGACGGCUCGAGCCAAGUGUGAAGGUGAACGUCUGCUCGCAAUCUCAACAUUUGGGAGGGCGUGCCUGCGUGUCUUCCGAUUGGUCCAUCAAGUUUGUUGACAGGAUGACGUUUGAAGGGGGGCGGGCACUCUCCCAACAUGGCACUUUGUUGACUUUGUAGCUUUCGCCGAGAGGACAGAAAGGGAUCCCCAAGUCUAACACACCCCUUUUCUUUUACGACAAAGGGGUGGUAAAUUAAAUUAUUCAAAAAUAAUUAAUUUAAAAAUUUGAAUUAAAAAUUUAAAUUAUUUAAAAAAAUAAUUUAAAAUUUUUAAUUAAAAAUUAAUUUUUAAAAAGGGAUCCACAUGUCUAACACACCCCUUUUCUUUUUCGACAAACGUGAAAGCAGGGGUGGUAAAUUAAAUUAUUAAAAAAUAAUUAAUUCAAAAAAUUUGAAUUAAAAAUUUAAAUUAUUGAAAUUAAUUUAAAAUUUUGAAUUAAAAAUUAAUUUUAAAAAAGGGAUCCACAUGUCUAACACACCCCUUUUCUUUUUCGACAAACGUGAAAGGGGUGGUAAAUUAAAUUAUUAAAAAAUAAUUAAUUUAAAAAUUUGAAUUAAAAAUGUAAAUUAUUAAAAAAUAAGAAUUUAAAUAUUUUAAUUAAAAAUUAAUUUAAAAAAAUUAAAACAGGACUUGGUGUUAGAAGUCCUGCUAACCGACUGAAAUGUACUCGAGUACAAAAAUGAAACUGAAUUUUUUUGCCGUCAAUGACAGAAACUGUUUUAAAUAGUUUCCCUCUUUUAACUUUGUAGAUCACGCUCGGACUGGAAAUAAAAACCACCUUGCGCGUC